AUGUCAAACUAUCUGCAAAAACUCAAGGUACUUGGUGACAAACUAGCUGCAAUUGGUGAGCCCCUGACAAAUUCGCAGUUAAUUCAUCAUGCCUUCAAUGGUCUUGGUCCAGACUAUGAUGUCUUCUCUACAGCAAUCAUUACCUGGAUAGAUGAAUUACCGUUUGCUAGCUUGCAAGGUAUGCUUCUCACUCAUGAAAAUCGUUUACUUCAUUCAGUAACAGCGUCUACACAAGCUAGUUCUCCUUUUGCGAACCUUGCCUCUAAGGGGAAGGAUUCCAAGAAAUAUAAUAAAUUCAAUUCCUCACAAACGGGUAAUGGUUCUACUAAGCCCUCAAAAUAUAGCAAUAAUCUUUGUCAAAUUUGUGGAGGACGAAAUCAUUAUGCCAGGUACUAUCGGAAACUUAUUGCACACAUUGAGAGUUUAAAGAACCCUAAACGACCACAACCCCUAGCGUUUACGGCUAUAUCAGGACGUGGCAAGUAG